AUGGCUCCGUGGUGGUAUACAGCAGGCAGUGCCUUGGCUUUGUCCCUUCAGGCAACUGCCUGGGACUAUUCAACCUACAAAUCGAUCCAAUUCCAGCCACCGAAGCUCGAGGUCAACAAAACCGGAACUACCGAUCCCGGCUACAUCUUCCUCGGUCCUCGAGGAGCCGUUCAAGAUGCUGGGAUCGCUGCGCUCAUUUACGAUGAUGCGGGUGACUUGGUGUACGAAGGCCCUGAAGGUGUGACUGCUAACUUCAUGGUGCAAAAGCUCUUCGGCAAGGAUGUUCUCACCUUUUGGGCUGGAGACAUGAUGUCCAUCGGCUACGGUUACGGGACUGUGCACAUCCUUGACGAUACCUACAAGGAGAUCUACACUGUCCAACUUACCGGUCACUUCGUUACUCCGGACGGGUCAACCAAGGACUCAUACUGUGACAUGCACGAGAGCCUCAUUACCUCCCGCAACACGCUUAUUUGUACCGCCUAUAACGUCACUCAGCAUGACCUGACUUCCAUCAAUGGCACCUCCUCCCAGUGGAUGCUGGACAGUCAAUUCUACGAAAUAGAUAUCCCCACCAACAAGGUUCUGCACUCAUGGAGUGCACUUGACCAUGAAGCUGAGAUUCCCUUGACCACCUCCCACCAGGGUCUCGGAAAGAAUGCCGGCACUCAGGAUGCUCCCUAUGAUGCCUACCAUAUCAACUCCAUCGCCACCACCAAUCACGGCUAUCUGGUCUCGUUGCGUCACAUGUGGUCGGGUUACUAUCUAUCUCAGAACGGCAGCGUGUUGUGGCAGGUGAACGGGGAGGACGGGGCCGACUUCAAGCAAGUUGGCAACGCCGAAUUCUCAUGGCAACAUGACAUGCGCGUCUACAACGAGACCGACAACGGCCUCGUUCUUAAUCUGUUCAACAACGCCAAUACUCCUACCGACGAACAGACCGAGUCCACUGGCAUCAGCAUGGCUAUUGACCUGAACGAUAAGACUGUCACUAAUCUCCGCUCCCUGGCCGACCCCAAUGACCCCAUCCACUCUGUCAGCCAGGGCAGCUAUCAACUCCUCAGUGAAGUGGACAGUCAUGCGUUCCUGGCCUAUGGUUCCAUUUCCAAAGUCAAGGAGUUUGAUGGUGAUGGUAACAUGGUUUUCGGCGCUCAGUUCGGUGACGAUAAUGCCGUUGCCUCUUACCGUGGCUACCGCCACCAAUGGACUGCCACUCCCUUCUGGAAACCUUCUUUAUUCGUCAAUAGCACCAGCACUGGUGCUACCGUCUAUAUGAGCUGGAAUGGCGCUACCGAAUAUGACAACUGGGUUAUCUACGCGGCUUCCUCCGCCACCUCUACCAACAACACUCAGAUCGCCACGGUUAAGCGCACUGGCUUCGAGAGUUCUGCUACUAUUACCGACCCUCCUACUAGUUUUAUUCAGGUGGUCGCUCGCAAGGGUACCACCGUUCUUGGCACCUCUGAGAUCGUGUCAUUCUAA